UGAAAAAUUAUUUCUUGCCGUGAUCAUGAAGAUUCCGACUUGAAGGAUUAUCCAGUGGACGGCUCGUUUUUCCCGAGAGCUAAAGAACGAUUGUCCCUCGCCGAAGAAAUUCAUGCCCUCGAUAGGGCUUUGCAGAAAUCCAAUCAAGACAACCGCUGGGUCUCCAAAGUGAGAAGCGAAUGUGAUCUAAUCUUGAGCGAAGAUGAGGAUAUGGGGGACAGUGACGAUGAUCGUCCACGGAAAAAUAAGAAAUCCGUCAACGUAGUGAAGAAAAACUCGAGAGUACCCAAGGUGUCGAAAGCAUCACGAGCGCAGGUUGCUCGAUUUGAAAUGUUGAAGCAGAAACUGCGUGGUUUGAUCGCCAAAACGACGUUUUCGAAGAAUCGGGGAAGUAAACCACGCGUUGCUUGAGGAAUAGUUGGCUCAUUUUCAUUUUUCAAACCAUGUAUUUUUCAAUGUACUGUAUUUCAUUGCUCGAUACGGGAAAAUCUCAAGUUUCAAAGUUUGCCAACAUCAGACUGCCAAAAAAGUUACUGCGCAGUGAUAAAUUUGAAAUCCAGUACUGUAUGAUGAAAUUCCCUACUUCGUCCUAUCCUACCAUUGGCGAAAUGUGUCAGUUCAGAAACUGUAAAUUUCACUAAGUAUAAUUUUACUUCAAAGCGAGAGGGAGUAUAGUAAGGAGUUCCUUGUUCAUCUUGUGUGUGCAUGAAUAGUGCAGUAUCUUACCAGAAUUUAUCGUAUUCCCUGUUUUCUCUAGUGAUGGGGAUUGCUUUUGUAUUCUUCUGUAUGAUUUAAUAUUCCAACAAUCUGGAAGGACUCAAGCGAAUUUCUGUGCAUUUCUUAAUGUGUUUCGCUCAAGUAAUAAGACCAAACCUUUUUCCUGCUUUUCUACUGCUCGGGAACUUCUUGUUUCAACCCGCGAUGGAAACCGUAAUCUCGUAUGAUCGAAGUGCUGUUGGAGCUUGUUCAUUUUCUGUAAUUUUAAUCCAUCAUAAGAUUAAAAACAAAUUAAGCUUUGUACCCUAUCAAGUUUUCUCUUCGGAUCAACUCUCCCCAGAAAAAUAAUCCACGUUUCUGCGCUAAGUACCUGAUCCGAAAAAAUUAUAUGGAGAUGGAACCGAAAAGUAGCCUUGAAUUCCAGCGUGUUGAUUUUCUCAUUUGAAUGUUUUGGCAGAUAUAUAAAUAGAAAAUAUGGUGUUGACGAGUUUGGUGCUGUACAGUCGUGUGAAUCUUAAAGCGAACGUUUGGUACGACAAAUACUGGCGCCGGCGU